AUGAUGUCGUGGCCAAAACUUGAAGCACUUCUUGACAAGUCCUUCCCUUAUAUUGGCUUUGAAGAGCUCAAAUCAAUACCUAUGAAGGUGAUGCAGUUGAUGCAAGAUGUGCCAUUUAGAUUCUUGAAGAAGUUGUCAGAGACACCGGAACUGUAUGAACAGUGUCCACUGGAGGUCAAGCGUCAAAUAUGGUUGAUCAAUGAACAGUUGUUUAGAGAGAAGCUGCUACCUCUCAUGCAUCAGUAUGUUGAAGAUCCAUACCUGCUACAAGAUCUCAACGAGCUGCUCGUUGAAACACUACUCCUGCCGUCAAAGAGACGUGAGGGCAAUGCUGUGCUGCAGGAGAUUGCCGAGUUAGUUGGCAAAUCAUUCCAACUCUAUACAAUGGCCGUGGACUACAUCAAGGAGCUUUAUCAACACAGUGGAAACCCGGCAUUCUGCACACUUCGCGCCGACCUUUUGAUGUGGCUGCACGAUGCCAACUUGGCCAUCGUCUACGAUCAAGACUGUGUGCACAGUUUUGCUUGGUGCGUCGAUGCCUGUAUGCGUGAGGAUACCGUGGACACACGACGUGUACGCGAGAUACAAUCAUACUUUGCUUCGCUGGCACCUGGCAAGAUGCUCUCCGACGUGGCCAUGGUCUUUGCCAAUCCAUUCGCCACACACUGUCUUGUUCGAAACGUUCUUAGACAUCUGGUCAAUGUGGUCCAGAAGAAGCAGAUACCCAAGGACGACGAGAACAUCAAGUACAUCACAUUGCUGAUCACACUAUCGUACAAGGCACACAUGAUGCUUCGCGAUGAGCACUAUGUCAUGCCACACAUCAAGAAGCCAGUCAUGGCCAGCUUCUAUCCAAUACUUGCCAGUCAGAUACUCGACGACUUAUCCAGACAGGGCACCGACCAGCCCACCGAUACUGAAGAGGAGGUCGAUGCCAAUCUGACCACACUCUUCAACAAGAACUCUGUAUGCCAGAAGAUUAUGUGUGGCUACAUUGCAAAGAGAGUCAAUGAGCGUGAUACGACAACCGUGGACAAGUACCUAAAGUUCAUCUCGGCCCAGGCCCCACACGUUGCCACGGCCGACCACUCAUUCAUUCAAUCGUUGGUGACGCAGGUGCUGUGUGUCAAGGAUGCCAAGAUGUCAACCGUGGUCAUCGAGGACUUUUUGCUCAAAUACAAGCAUCUCCCAUUUGUACAGAAGCAACUGCUGCGCUACCUUCAAGAGAGCCAGGCACGAAUGAGUCAGCGAGACCUGCAGACAUUCACUCAGCGACUGUUCACAUUCACCGAUGGCCAAGCAUUUGUAAAUGACAAUUCAAAGUUGAACGAGGAUAUACUGAUGAUGUCCAAGUCAAUCCUAGAGAAGGCUGGUCCCAGGCUCAACGAAAAGGUGUUGCCAUUGUUGUUGGACUUUAUCAAUUCUCUACAACAACUGCAACACACUCAACAACAGCAGCAGCAUCAGAACCCUCAGAUGAAGCAUAAGGUCUCGACAGAGUCAUCACCAUCGAUGCAGGAGGAGCACAUUGAUAUUGGAGAGGCGCCAACAUCAACUACACCGGGCAACACUGAUUCUCCAAAUGAGGACGUCAACAUUCUCGACGACUCCCCGCCUCGCGAGCCACUACAAUCCAGCGAGCAACAAUCACAGACAUCCAUUGUUGAAGAUGAACCAAUGGUGGAGGAAUAG